ACCAAAUAACACAUGCAAAUAAAUUUCUUGCGAUUUCGAUCGCUCUGAAAGUGUAAACGCACACUCAAAACAAUAAACGCAGCUAAUUUCGCGUAACAUUCAUAGUCACUGGCCGGAAACUCGCAUUCUAAUCACCGAUUUAAGAGAGGCUAGUAGAGAAAUUGGCAGGAGAUUACUUGGAUACCUUUUAUUGAUAUAUAGGGCAAACAACUUUGGCAUGAAAAGGGAUACAUGAAAAAGAGUCGUCUAUGAGGAAAUUUAGAUCAUGGAGGAAUCUUUUAAAGAAAAAACAAAAUGAAUGGGGAGUUUGUCGAUCCAAGAACAAAACAUUCAUGGUAUUUGUCUGUACAAUAUUGUUGUAUAUUGCAUACAGAACUACAAAGUUUCAGCUUUCACAGACAAAGUUAGCUUUCACGGGAUUAAAGGGUCUACCUUAUGGCAUUAUUGAACCUAAAUCUGACUUGGAAUUAAAGCGCAUAUGGGCAUCAAGUAGUUCUAAAUUAAAGGCUAAUGUUUCCAUUCCUCAUAACUUGUUGGCAAUGCCAGUGGGAUUGAAAAUGAAGCAUAAUGUUAAUACAGUUGUUCGAAAGUUUCUUCAUGAGAAUUUUACAAUUAUUUUGUUCCAUUAUGAUGGGCAUAUGGAUGGAUGGUGGGAUCUCAAGUGGAGUAAGAAAGCUGUUCAUAUUGUAGCUGUGAACCAAACAAAAUGGUGGUUUGCAAAAAGGUUUCUGCAUCCAGCUGCUGUUUCUGUUUAUGAUUAUGUAUUUCUAUGGGAUGAAGAUCUUGGAGUGCAACAUUUUAACCCCAGAAGAUACUUGGAUAUUGUUAAAGCAGCAGGACUGGAGAUAUCUCAACCAGCUUUAGAUCCAAAAUCAUCAGACAUACAUCAUAGGAUCACAUUACGGAAAAGAAGACAUAUAUUCCACAGAAGGGUUAUAGAUCCUAAAGGUAGUGUGAAAUGUACAAGUGAUAGUGAGGGCCCACCAUGUACUGGAUUUGUUGAAGGAAUGGCUCCAGUGUUUUCCAGAACUGCAUGGCAUUGUGCUUGGCAUCUUAUACAGAAUGACCUGGUUCAUGGAUGGGGAAUGGAUAUGAAACUUGGGUAUUGUGCACAAGGGUUGAAAAAUGUUGGAAUUGUUGAUAGUGAAUAUAUUUUGCAUCAGGGAAUACCCACAUUAGGUGGGCCUGCUGCUAAAAAGGGUUCGAAUGAUGUUAAUUUGGCAAAGAAGCACCAUGGUUUUGAUAUGCGUACUGAGAUAAGGAGGCAAUCGACAUUAGAGCUGGAUGUAUUCAAGCAACGAUGGGAAAAGGCAAUCAAAGAGGACAAGGAUUGGGUUGAUACUUUUUUCAAACACAAACAAAAACAACAAGCACCACCCCCAACCAUUCACUCAUGAUUUUUUCAUCAUAAUGUAAUUUCAACUUUUAGGUAUUUACACUUUUUUUAUUGCUUUUAAACAUCAUAUGGCUUCUAAUAUUAGUUUCUUU